CUUUUCGUUUUGCAAUCUUAUAUAUAGAAUGAGUUUCUGUUUUUCAUUCAUCACUUUAUUCAUUUCGAUUUUUCUAAUUCUGUGUGAUAAUGGGUCAACUGUUUGAACAAGUGAGUCACAAGGAUAACGAAGAUACCAAAUCCCUUGGCCAUGAAGAUGCAGGACUCGAGUGGGUUGAUAAAGAAGGAAGAACGCCAUUUAUCUUAGCUUGUACGAAAUUAAAGCUAUUUGAUGGUGAAAAAACUCUGCUUCAGUUGGGUUCCGAUGUCAAUGCUUUUCGUUUUGAUUGCAAUGGUGAGACUCCUCUGCACCAUGCUGCAAAUAUAGGUCUUGAAAACACGGUUAAGUUACUUCUAUCCCACGGUGCAAAUCCACUGGUUUUGAAUGAUGAUUUUCAGACACCUCUUGAAGUUGCUAGAGCUCAAGGUUACAGUAAUAUUGUACGCACAAUUGAGAGUCACAUAUGUUUGUUCUCUGGUUGGAUGCGUGAAUUUUAUGGCCCUAGCUAUGUUGAAUUGUUUGCUCCCCAGCUUCUUUCAAGAAGAGUAUGGGUAGUUAUCGUACCAACUGGUUCACAAAAUCCUACAAAGCCUUUCAAGUUGGAGUUGGUUGUGUAUGCUAGUCUUCAGGAUGCACAACCAAGGACGGUGAUCCCUUUGUGGAAAGCCAAGUUGGAGGAACCAAAAUCAGAUCAGUCUGAUGCUUCAGUGAUGAUUGGUAAUAACUCCACAAGUCCAACGCGCAAGAGGCAAAGAAGAAGGGGAUACAUCUCUCAUGCAAGGCGUUGGGCUCAAGUAGAUUGGCAAAUGCGGCUUAAGCUGGCACCUGCGAAGAGAGGCGACAUCCAACAGCUAAAUUGGUUUUGCGAGGCGUGUAAAGGAAUUCCACAGCCAUUGAAUCCUCCAAUAUGUGAAAACAACGUUUCCAAUGAGGUUGCGCCAUCAGUUUAUCCUUUGAGAGCUGUAGCGGCAGUAGAAGACGGUUCCAUACACUAUCCAUCGGUCGAUGUCGACCUCUCACUCCCUUGUGAAAAAUGUGAGGAUAAAGAAGAUGGUGGAGGAUCUAGAGUGUGUGUAAUAUGUGUGGAUUCAUCAUCUGAAGCAGUGUGUGUGCCGUGUGGACAUGUUGCUGGAUGCGUUUCUUGUUUGAAAGAGAUCAAAGACAAGAAAUUGGGAUGUCCUGUCUGUCGCGCUGAUAUUGAUCAGGUUGUUAAGCUAUACCAUGUUUGAAACACGAAAGGACAGAGGGAUCAUGGGUAGUUUGUCUAUGUUUAUCAUCUAUUUCUCUGUUACAACUUACAAGUUAUUAGAGUCCAUUUUUUUAUCUCUUAUGGAUUUGAACUCAUUCCGUUACUCCAAAAAAUUUUCUAUUGUACUAGUGUUUUAUGCUUUAUUUGAAGUUUCAAA